AUGUCCCGUGACGGAGACUACGCCGCCUCGCAGGACGACGACGACGCGCCGCCGCUCCGGAGCUUUGGGGAUCACGCGAUGGGCGACGCGGAGCCGAUGUCGGCCGCGUCGUCGGCGCUGAACUUGAGCCACGCGGCGGUGCUCGACGUGGUCCAAGAGGGUCGACACGUGAUGGCCGCCUUCUUGCGCGCCACGCAGUGCUACGACGUGAUCAAGAACAGCGGCAAAGUCGUGGUCUUUGACGUGCAGAUCCCCAUCAAUCUCGCGUUCUUCGCACUGGUGGAGCACGAUAUCAAGUCGGUGCCGAUUUGGGACGCCGAGCAGGGCAAGUUCGUGGGCAUGUUCACGGCCACGGACUUUGUGAAUAUUUUGCGCCACUUUUACAUUCGUGGAUCGCCUAUGAACGAGCUCGCAGAGCACAGCAUUGCCUCGUGGCGAGCUAUUCCACGGUCGCUGUCGAUGGCACCAACUAGGGACGAGAUGGUGUCAAUCACGCCCGAGGACAAUCUCUACGAUGUAUGCAGGAUUCUUCGUGACAAUAGGCUUCAUAGACUUCCCGUAGUAGAUCCAACUCAAAACUCGGUCUUGUCUGUCAUCACGCACAGCGGGAUCUUGGAAUACCUGGUGGCCACUUUCCGCGAGCAGCGUCGACUGUUCGACCAACCCAUCUUCGAUUUAGGCAUCGGCGUCUACAAUGGCUUUGUGACUGUUCCUGAAGACAUGCCGCUUAUCCGCGUGCUGCACACUCUGAUCGAGCGAAGGGUCUCUGCUGUGCCGAUCAUCGACCCGAGUGGAGUUGUUGUGAAUAUUUAUUGCGUAUCGAACGUCACGGAGUUAGUGAAGGACCGGUCACUCACUCAGCUAGACAUGCCUGUGGGAGAGAUUCUCCGGAUUCAAGCGGCUGAGGGCAACGUUGGAGAAGGCUUGCAUCUAUGUUACAAGACGGACACACUGCAUAUGAUGUUCGAGCGGUUCGCGGCCUGCAAGGCGCAUCGAUUCGUGUGCGUGGACGAGUAUUCACGGUGCGUGGGUCUCGUAUCCCUCAGCGAUUUGUUUAAUUAUUUCCUCGAGUAG